AUGGCUCGAUAUAUUGAAGCAGUGUCUCCUCCCAAGGAACACCCUAGAAUCUUUGAUGAUGUCACCAGUGUUGUGGCAACAAGAGGUGCCUUUGGGGUAUUCCUUCAGAUCCUAAAGGGUUCCCAAGCAGGGUCUGUUGCGAAGGCAUCACCAAAACCUCCCAACAUCAAUGAGGAGGAGAAGAGAAUCAAUAGGUUGGAGAAGCUCAAAAGAGAUCUCCAGAACAUAAAAAAUGAGAGAGACAAACUCCAGAGAAUCCUGGCCAAUUACACUAACAAGGAUUUGAACAACAGGAUCAACUUUGAGACAUUCAUGCUCGAGAUGCAACAUGACCAGGUGAUGACUGACCUGAAGAGAAUGCCACAGGACAUCAGUGAGGCCUUGGACAAGUGCAAGGAGUUGACUAAAGAAAAUCAGUUCUACUGGUGAGUGACU